UGGCAGAAAAACACGUCGAAACUUUGGUGCCAGCUGGUGGGUAUGACGGAGUAACACUUUCUCUCAUGUUUCACUCCUACAACAUAACGUACCGACAACAGGAGGGCCGUGUGGUGUCAUUACCCGACUUCUGCUACAUCAAGCCCAGCUCAUGUGAAGCCAUUCGCCGCGAAUUGUCGUCAAAUCUCUCCGCCUAAAACAGGUCGGGCCGCGGCGGCCAUGUUGGAGAAGGUAGUGUUGGAGGAUGUAUGAUGAUAGUGCUGAGCCUGUACACUGCAGCAGUAAGGAGAGAUGGGAGAGGUCUGUGGGAGUGGAAGGGACUCCUGACUCCCUCCCCACCAUGGCUACUGAUGACAUCUGUGAGACCAGCCCAGACUUACCAGGACCCUUCAGGACACAGUCUACACGAUCCUGUAGUUUAUCCAGUCAGGAGAGUGUGAAACAGUGGCUGAAGUCUGUGGACCAGGAUGCAGAGUACCCAGGAGACUGUACAGUGACUGUAGACGACACACUGACAGACAGGGGAGGUGAUGAUGGGGAGAUGGAGUACCCCUUCCGUGAGAAGAUCAGUAGAGGAGACAGUACAGAAGACGACCUGACUCUUGGUUCAGAGGCAAAGCUGCUGGACCCUCCAGUCUCCACUACCUCGGCAGGGGCCCCCCCUACACCCACAGUGUUAGGUGGUACCCAGUGUUACUGGCUGUCCAACCAUGCCAGGAUGAACAGACAGGCCAGACUCAUGCAGAUGGGAGAGAGUUUUGAGAGCUUUGCCACCGAGACUUCCACACAGACAUCACUGUCCAGCAAUAGCAUCGAGGGUCUGCUGCAGGCUCGUACAUGUGACCCUGAGGAACUGCUGCUGAGCCUGGGCUUCGGAGGAGGGGGGGACUACAGCACCACCCUGCGUGUACCAGACAGGUUCCUGCAGCACCAGUCCCGCUGUGGGGGGGUGGACCUCUCACAGUACAUGGCCAGGGAGAUGGCACAGGACACGGCCUACCACGGAUGGGCAGGUGUAUAUGACCGUCCUGUAUCAACCAUGUAUCAUCGGCGUAUGUCAACUGGCAGUAUUGCUGUACACCACCAGUAUAGAACAUAUGACCCUGCUCUGUGUAGGAGAAUGACUCAGUCCACUAUAAACAGUCAUCAACCUUCAUCAGACCACAGGACAGAGAAGGCUGUUGAUGUAUCCCAUGAUCCUUUGCUGCUGAGGAGGUCAGUGACAGUCAGUACUACUGACAUGGCCAAGGAGAAGACCCGACAGUCCAGUAGUACUGGUGCUGCCAGCGUAGCUGGUGAAGUAGAGGAUGUAAAAGUCCAAAUAUUGCAAGAAACUAAAGACGUACAUCCAAAACAGAGUGGCACAAGCAUACCAACAUCCACCAAAGCACAGCGUUGGGCUAAAAGAGCAACACUAGUCAAGCAGAGAAGUGCUGAGUCUUUCUGCCUGGAUAAAGACGGGAAACUGUCAACUGAAGACAGCGGAGCAAAACGUCCUGACAACAGGGGGAAGAUGAGGAAGAGAUCUCUGUCCAUGCCGCACAUUCAGUGUAACCUAGAACCUGUUAAGGAGGAGUCUCCGCAUAGCAGUCUGGAAAACACGCUUCAAUCCAAGGAGCUGUCAGAAAUGUUGCAGCACGCACUCGAGAAGGAAUUCUCACAAGAGUUGGAGGAGAAAAUCGGCAGAAUAUGUUACAGUCCAACUGAUCCUGAAGACAAUACAUGUACAAGUAGUUCAAGGAACAGUGAGGGAGUUUUCAGUCCAGUGACGCAGAAUGAAGACAUGCAACAGCUGCAGUUCACCACAGGGAGGCCAGGGGGCAGUGCAGUAGAAGAGAAACCUGAAGCUAUGGAAAGGAUAGCUUUUGUGGUAUCUCCAGAUGCUACCAGUAAACAAGGUCCAUCGCCAAAGAGAAAAGCAUGUAGGCUUUCAAAGGUGCCAAAUGUUGAUGCAGAUUCCCCCCCGGAGGAUCUGUUGUUCCCCCGCAGCAGACUGACGUCCACCCCUGAUGACAAACUGGUGUCAGUGAGCCUGCCUGUACCACAGACACACGCUGCCUUCCCACAGGAGUCUUUUGAAAUGGAAGAGAUUGGCAGCACAGAUGUGACUCCUGAGGAAGGGGCGUGGCCUCGCGGGUCCACACACCUGUUCAGUAACCAUGGUAACCUGCAGCACCAGAACAGCGCCCAGUCGGACAGCAGUGGGUUUGCUGAUGACAGCCACAUCGGGUCUGAUCCGUCCUGUCUCAUGGACAGUGCGAAGAUAGAGGGACUGGGAAGCAGUGCAGAGAGUCUUGCUAGCACCAGAACUGUCAUUCACGUGAACAACAGCCAGGGGGCGCUGGUAGAUGGACUACAGGAGACUAUGACAAGUUACUGCCCUAUGCAGCUUGAUCUAGAGUUACAUCAUGAUUCAAAGUACAAAUUACCAGAGAGUCACUAUGUGGAAAAUAGUGUGCAAGAACGUGUUACAGUUAAUGAGGAGCAGAGUUCAACCAUUGCAGCAAGGACUAGCUGCCACUCUUCAUCAGUGCCAAACGUAGCCUUUUCUGACACAAAUGUUCUCCACUCAGGCAAAACACAUGUAAAAACUGAUCGUCCGUGUGUCCACUGUGGAAAGUUUUUCAAAGACCACAGAAACAAGGAUUGUGCCUUCCAGGAUGCGGACCUGUCAGCCUGUUUAUGUGAAGACGUGCUGCCACAGUUUUCUGUAGGUGCUGAGAAUGAUCACUGCGAUGCCAUAGUUUCUCAGGGUGCAAGUCUAAAUGUAGUUUCAGCUGUAAAUAUGCUUGGCGUAGACAAUACUGCAAGUGGUGAGGAGACUCAGGGUACUCAAACCAUACAUGAAGGACACAAGAGGUGUUCGGAUGACCAAGAAUCAACCCCAGAUCCUACGUUUACAUCACAAUCUGGACAUCAACCUGAGGACAAUUCAAGCUCUGUAUUUGAUGUUGGCUCUGUCAGUUCUCAGCCAGAGAAAUUAGCGCAGACAACCAAUUGCAAGCUGGAGUUUCCAGCAGAACUUUCCCAACAUUAUACCAUAGUCGAUAACAUUCUCCAACAACUGAAAAACAGCCUAGAAAAGGUCACAUCACAUUCUGAUGAUUCUGAUGUGAAGAUAACUCUGCAGCAGACAACCGAACACUUAGAUUGGCCAGUAGAUGUUGGCAAAAACAUUGCUCCAGAGAAACUAGACCACAUUCGAGGUGUACCUUACAUUAAAAGUGCAGGGGAAUCAAUCUUUCCUGUCAAACUAAGCUCUGGAAUCAGUGUAGAACUUACAAGAAACCACAGUCAGGGCAGUCGCCAUGAAGUAUGCAAGAAGUACGUUCUCGUAGAAGAGACAAAACAUUACACAAAAAUCAAAGACCCGUUGGGGGGGAAGGACGAUGUGAAAGAAGUAGCUGUACGUCGCAAGAAGGAAGUCACCGCACCUCCCACAGCCAACAGAGGCGGACUGUGGGAGAAUUUACCAGAAAAUGAAAGACGGGAAAGCGGGGAGAAGGCUCUGCAGAAUGUACAGCGUUUUGUGGAAGAAGCUCGGGGAAAGUUCCUGGUGAAAAAGAAGGCAGAAUGUGACGGUUCUCAGGAAAACUUUCCCAAUCAGCCCGCUCUACCCCUGCCCACUGCAGACAGCCUACAUGUGAAGGUACAGCAAACAGGGGAGACAUCAGAUCAAGGUUUGAAGACGUGUGACAGGAAACAGGAACAGGAUGACAGCAGUGUAGAUCUACAGGCCUCCCCAGUGGACAGUAAGCCACAGACUGAUGUCAGGAGACAGCGGGCUCCAAGUGUGGCUGAGGAGCUGAGUCUGGAUAUCAUGGAACCUGUCAACAGGUACACCGCAGAAGGAAUUGCACGUGACUUGCAGAAGACGUCAUCUGAAGUCAGCAUUUCCAACAGUCCUGGGACCACUGAUGACCAUCCCUUACAGGACUACUGGACACUGGCCGCUCUGGUCAUGUCUAGCAGACAUGAGAAGUUGUCAGAGAUCCAGCUGGGUUCUCCUGGACACUAUGACCUGCACUACACAUCUCCUAAAGAACAUCUCCUGCGUGAGGUGGAUCUAGCCCGUUGCUGUAUGACACAGUACAGAGGACAGCUGGUACAGCUGGAGCUGACGUUUGCUCAGUGUUACGCUGCCUUCUACAACCACAUGACAGGACAGGAAAGGCAGGAGGUGGAGUUGCUGGUUGUUCUCCGAGCAGAAGUUCUACAGGAAGCAGAGGUGUUGGAGACCAUGUUAGCAAACCAUCUACAGGCUGUCAUACAAGAGGACCCAGCAGUAUUUGUGGAGGAACAGUCCCCCUCUUCCCUGAGUAAACUAAAACUCCUGGGUCAGCUCAUAGAGUUGCUGAAAGAACAGGGACACAUGCAGCAGGCCCUGGCUGUACUUGUACAGAACUCUGGUGAGCGCCCCCUGUCCACACACCCUGGUAACUACACCCCAGCCCCCCCACCCCUGGACCCGGGGAAACAGUGGGAACUCCUGUCUGCGGACAGGGAGCGGGUACACAGGGAAGUCAGGGACAUGAGGGAGGAACUGUGCACACAGAGGGAAGAUCACCAGAGGGACAUGGACAAGAAUCUACACAAGUUGAGAAUGUCCAUCAUGGCGGACGUGAGACUGGAGAUUGCAGAACAGAUGAAGCUGCUCAGACUUCAGCUACAGGCUAAAGAAGAGGAGGUGAGAAUGUUACGUCUUCAGAUGAGACAACAGACUAAGACUCAGAAGGAUGAGGUAGAGGGAGGGAGUCAAAGGACCAAGAAAUCUAUACGUGUCACUCAACUCUGAUGGACAGCAUUCUGAUUCAUGUUUAGAGUUAAAACUUUUGGUCCAACACAAAAAAGUUCUCACCUAGAGCUUUCGACCAGUCACUCUGGUCUUC